CGUGCUCGCCGCCAUGUUCCUCCGCCCGGGCCUUUCCUCACCAUGUCGGGCUUCAGCGACAAGCCUAUUGUCAUCGACGCCUCAGGCCACCUGACAGGCCGCCUGGCUGCCCUUGUAGCUAAGACGCUACUGGCUGGUCAGCGUGUCAUCAUUCUAAGAUGUGAAUGCCUCGUGUUCUCAGGCAUUUUCUUCCGUAACAAGCUGAAGUACCUUUCUUUCCUGCGGAAGAGGUGCAAUGUCAACCCACAGCGUGGUCCAUUCCAUCAGCGUGCUCCUUCAAAGAUUUUCAAGAGAACUGUCAGGGGAAUGCUGCCCUCAAAGACAAUGCGAGGCAGACGAGCACUGAGACUGCUUAAGGCUUAUGAAGGUAUCCCUGGCAUUUAUCAGCACUCUGUUCGCAAAGUUGUGCCUGAUGCCCUGCGUAAGCUUCGUCUUGCCCCUGGCCGCAAGUACUGCUCAGUUGGCCGUCUCUCACAUGAAGUAGGCUGGAAGCACCAGAAGAUUGUUAGGACCAUGGAGAUGCGCAGAAAGAUUAAGGAUGCUGUCUAUAAGAAGAAGAGGAAGAGUGAGAUGUUGCUGAAGGCGAAGGCAGCAACCAAGGUUGCCAAGGCAAUUGAACCCUUCAACAAGGUCAUUGUAAGCUAUGGAGUUGAUGCUUAAAUAAAGAGACCAUCAUG